CUCGCGCGAGACGGCGGCUGGGCACCGCCAUUUUGGCCGGUGGCUGUAAGAACACGCCGUGUGGUUGAGGGACGCGCCGGCCUUCCCCGUCCCCGCCGCGGGGGGAUUGUUUACUCCAGAAGAACUGGAUAUUCUUACUUUCUUGCAAUUAUGGCAGACAAAUUAACAAGAAUUGCUAUUGUCAACCAUGACAAAUGUAAACCUAAGAAAUGUCGACAGGAAUGCAAAAAGAGUUGCCCUGUGGUUCGAAUGGGAAAACUAUGCAUAGAGGUUACACCUCAGAGCAAAAUAGCAUGGAUUUCUGAAACUCUAUGUAUUGGUUGUGGUAUUUGUAUUAAGAAAUGCCCCUUUGGCGCUUUAUCAAUUGUCAAUUUACCAAGCAACUUGGAAAAGGAAACAACACAUCGAUAUUGUGCCAAUGCCUUCAAACUUCACAGGUUGCCAAUCCCUCGUCCAGGUGAAGUUUUGGGAUUAGUUGGAACUAACGGUAUUGGAAAGUCUACUGCAUUAAAGAUUUUAGCAGGAAAGCAAAAGCCAAACCUUGGCAAAUAUGAUGAUCCUCCUGACUGGCAGGAAAUUCUGACUUACUUCCGUGGAUCAGAAUUACAAAAUUACUUUACCAAGAUUCUAGAAGAUGAUCUAAAAGCCAUUAUCAAACCUCAAUAUGUAGACCAGAUUCCCAAAGCUGCUAAGGGAACGGUAGGGUCUAUUUUAGACCGAAAGGAUGAAACAAAAACACAAGCAAUUGUAUGUCAACAGCUUGAUUUAACGCACUUAAAAGAGCGAAAUGUUGAAGAUCUCUCAGGAGGAGAGUUGCAGAGAUUUGCUUGUGCUGUUGUUUGCAUACAGAAAGCUGAUAUUUUCAUGUUCGAUGAGCCUUCUAGUUAUCUAGAUGUCAAGCAACGUUUAAAGGCUGCCAUUACCAUCCGAUCACUAAUAAAUCCAGACAGAUACAUCAUUGUGGUGGAGCAUGACCUCAGUGUGUUAGACUAUCUCUCUGACUUCAUCUGCUGUUUGUAUGGUGUGCCAAGUGCUUAUGGUGUUGUAACCAUGCCUUUCAGUGUAAGAGAAGGUAUAAACAUUUUUCUGGAUGGCUAUGUUCCAACAGAAAACUUGAGGUUUCGAGAUGCAUCACUUGUUUUCAAAGUGGCUGAGACAGCCAAUGAAGAAGAAGUUAAGAAGAUGUGUAUGUAUAAAUAUCCAGGGAUGAAGAAAAAGAUGGGAGAAUUUGAGCUAGCAAUUGUGGCUGGAGAGUUCACGGAUUCUGAAAUCAUGGUGAUGCUGGGGGAAAAUGGUACUGGUAAGACGACAUUUAUCAGAAUGCUUGCUGGAAGACUUAAACCUGAUGAAGGAGGAGAAGUGCCGGUUCUCAAUGUCAGUUACAAGCCACAGAAGAUUAGUCCCAAAUCAACUGGAAGUGUUCGCCAGUUACUACAUGAAAAGAUAAGAGACGCAUACACUCACCCACAAUUUGUGACUGACGUGAUGAAGCCCCUGCAGAUUGAAAACAUCAUUGAUCAGGAGGUGCAGACCUUAUCUGGUGGUGAACUGCAGCGAGUAGCUUUAGCUCUUUGUUUGGGCAAACCUGCUGAUGUUUAUUUGAUUGAUGAACCAUCUGCGUAUUUGGACUCUGAGCAGAGAUUGAUGGCAGCUCGGGUUGUCAAACGCUUCAUUCUCCAUGCGAAGAAGACAGCCUUUGUUGUGGAGCACGACUUCAUCAUGGCCACCUAUCUAGCAGAUCGGGUCAUCGUGUUUGAUGGUGUGCCAUCUAAGAACACAGUGGCAAACAGUCCUCAAACACUUUUGGCUGGUAUGAACAAGUUUUUAUCUCAGCUGGAAAUUACCUUCAGAAGAGACCCAAACAACUAUAGACCACGAAUAAAUAAACUAAAUUCAAUUAAGGAUGUAGAACAGAAGAAGAGUGGAAACUACUUUUUCUUGGAUGAUUAAACUGAAUCUGAGAAUAUCGAUAAGCCAUUUAUUAAAAGAACAUUUUCUGGGAUUUUUGUUGUAUAAAACUUUAAUCAGGUUUUAUGGCCCCACAUACUCUGGAGCUUUGAAGUAUGAUUUACCUAACAUCAAAAGCCAGUUAGACUGUAAAUUGUACACAGAAAAUGGCUCUUUUCUGUUCUUAAUGAUAAGGCCCUUUUGUGUGUAAUACGCUAAAAUGAAGACUAUACAAAUUACCUCCAGGUUUUCAUGAUAUAUGGCAAUAUUUUCAGUAGGUGUAUUAUAUUUGUGUACCACACACUGACUGGUGUUGCCACAUUUAAAAAAUCUUGAAAAAGAUUUCUAUUCUUACCUGGUUGCCAAGUACACCAGUAUAAUGGAACCUGCCCUAUUUUCAAAGCUGGUCAAAGACUACACUGGUAACAUUUGAUAAAUAAACAUCACAAUUAUAUUUGUUAUUUGUAUGCAGUCUUUGCACUACGCUAUCAGUGUGUGAUUUCCCAGGAAGAUUGUCUACUACAAGUAACACCAUUAUUAGAAAAUGGUAUUUGUUACCAACUUAUACAUUGCUUUCAAUGUUUUUUGGUGCUUUCAAACAUCUUCAUGAGAAAAUAUUUCAGCACCUCCUCCACUGGGUAGGGGGAACCCUAACUUUUCAGUUUUUGCAUUCUGUAAGAUUCUAUAAUUAUUUUCAGUCAUUUUUUUAAAACAUGUAUAUAAUCACUGAUCAAGAUGUAGGAGAAAUUAUUUCUAAAGAAUAUUUGUUUCCCUUAAAAUUAUAGACUAACAGUCCCCUAAGCUGGUGCCUAUUAUCUGUAUUUUUAGACUAGUUAUCUGAGGGACAGCCAAGGACUGUAAACCACCUGCCCUGUAGCAACAUUAAUACAGGAAAGCAAUGCAAAGUACCCUUUUUGUGUACCAAACAUACUCAUUUCUAAAUUUGCAUACAGAAGACAUUAAACCUUACUAAUGCACUGAAUUGCAAUUAACCUAUGAAUGAGCAAGAGGGUUUACCUUACUAUAUAAGUUUAAUGGUCCAGGCAAAGUAGAAAAAUUGGAGAUUUGACAAGAUUUUUAGAUCUUAAACCUUGAUCAUGCAAACAAGGGAUAGAAAGUUUGGUUUAUCUUGACCCAGUAGAACGAAAAAUAAAGUUAUGUGAGUAAUCUACAAAUGUUUGUUGUGAAAAUGCAUAUAUACAGAAGUAUAUGGAAUAAAAUAUGAUCUCCCUUA